AAGCCGAUCAGCUGCUCCUCGGUUACUCGACCGCGCAGUUGGCCCGUUUGUGCCAUUCUCAGGAGAAUUCCCUCGAUUUGCCGCGAUCGUUCAGGACUGACAAGAGCGAUUCGUGACACUAGCGAGGUUGACAAACCAUAAGGCGCAACAUGCAAUAACGAGAGACAUAUAAUACAUAAGUGGCAGAGAUAUCCAUCGUAGACCAUAUCACGACAUACAUCGCUCUCUUGCUGCAGAAUCGAGGACAGUAGCCAGAAGAUCUCUCCGCAUCUGCUCUUCUGCAGCGCGUUUCGCUUCCUCCUCUCCGCCGCCACUCGGAGGAGCGGCACCUUGGGUUCCCUGCUGUUUAAGUUGAUUCAUUCUAGCAGCACGAAUCGCAGCGAGCUCAGGGUCCUCCAUGGUUGUCGUUGAAGGUAGAAGUAGACUGAAGAGAAGACAAGGAAGUGGUAGUAAUCCAAGUUACGUUCGGCAAAUCCCGUCAUACCUUCAGUUGGAAAUAUCAUUGUCUUCCUCUUCCUGCAUGCAUGCAAUGCCACAGAUCCCAGAAGGGACUGUAUGACUCGCAGUGAGAAGUAUAUUUCCUUUUCUUAUGUGGCAUGUUACGCGUGUUAACAGCGCCCUUUUGUAAUGAUAAGGCCACAGCUGCCUAUAUCAAAGGAACCUCAGACACAUGCUGCGCUGAGCGAUCCCCAUGCCUUCACUCACCAGCCUCUUUCGGUCCUCCAAGGAGAAGGAGUCCAAGAAGAAGAACCCUACCAUUGAAGAGCAAGUUAACAGUCUAGGUAAACGGUUUGGUGCUGUACAUGUAACAGAAACACCGAUACCAGCACCGAGGGUGCACCAGAGGUACUCCGAUUCACAGUUCCCAGGAGGGUUCCAUCCUGCAGUUGCUGCGACGUUAAACAGUGGCGCACACUAUGGAGUGCGACCGAAUCCCUCUCUCGUGCCUGCUGAUUCUUCCGCCGCGUUUCCCGUACCUGCACAAUACCCAGGCUCACUUCCGAGACCACCUGCGAUGCCCAUACCACACCGCGAGAACUCGAGGAGCCAAGAGAUUUCCAUGACCUUGCAGUAUGCCAUGCAAGGAAUACAAGCCCAGCGAUACCCAGGCCUUGUUAAUACCCCGACUACUACACAGCCUUCCAGUUACUUGCAUGCUCCCCCGUUACCAACUAGACCACAUUCAGACCCGGAGAUACCAAGAUACCAAGAUAAUGGACUAUCCACACCUUCAAAAACCCGUCCCCCUCCGUCGACACCCCAACGUCCUAAUGUUCUACCUUCCUCUCCCGCGACCGUUCCCUCGAAACCCGCUCCUUCUACAAAGUCGGACGCAACACCAAUACGUCGACGUCGACGUAACUCAUCAACUUCGUCUCUGCCAGCGUCGCUGAAUGGGAAGUCCGGUGCCGUUCGGUGCGGUGGCGUGACGAAGACCGGCGCGCAGUGCAAGAACAUGGUCAAAGACUCCGCUGCGCUGGGAACGUUGGACCCAGAAGAACAAGAAACUAUGAAACGUUACUGUCACAUCCAUACUGACCAGAUUAAGAAGAGCGCAGGAUACCUGGGCAACAACGUAGAGGCGCCAUUCGAGAAUUUCAUACCCGACUCACUUGAGUCGCAGACACAAGUUCAGUUGAAGACUGCAAUGGUAGAGAAGCUCACAGAUGCCGACCGAGAAGGCUAUAUUUACAUUUACGAAGUCCAAGACCCCAACAAGCUUCAUGCAGACAUUCUUGAGUUCAAGGUCGGACGAUCAUACACCCCGAUCAAGCGCGUUGGACAGUGGGAAAAUUCGUGUCGUUCUCAACGGCACAUCGUUCGCUAUAUUUUCCCGGCACCUGAAGACCAAAUCAUGUUGACAGGUAUGAUGCGCCAAGGUGACCCAGCCAAGUUCUGCCAUCGACUGGAGAGGCUCAUUCACUUGGAACUCGCUGAUUUGUCUCUCAACGCACCGUAUUUGGAGAUGAGGGAUAAGGACCACGUACAUAAACUUGCCACUCAACCGAGAACAAGAUGUAUUGACUGUAAGAAACUGCAUCAAGAGAUAUUCUCGUUUCGAAAGGCGAGAAGUGGCAUUCACAAAGAGAAGGAAUAUCAGAUGGUCAAGGAAGUGGUAGACAGAUGGGGUUUAUUUGUAAAUGAAUAUCUCUCACGGACUUGAUAAUGAUUGGACAGGUGUGUCGUAUCGUUAUUCAUUGCAUGUUGCUUUUUCGCUUUACGUGUGCUUAAACUACCCUCAUUUAUAGUUUGUAUAAUACCUGGAUAACACGCUGUAUGCUACUGUGCUCGAUGUUGCGAAGGUGGUUCUGCCAUGACAUAUGCAUCCGACUGCGUUCUGCAGGUAAGAUCGGGUUCAACCCUUCCGGAGGCAAUGUGAUUCAAGAAAGUAGUUCCUGUGCC